GAGUACAACAGCCAGAUCAACAGCAACCUCUUCAUGAGCCUGAACAAGGAUGGCUCGUACACUGGCUUCAUCAAGGUGCAGCUGAAGCUGGUGCGCCCCGUCUCGGUGCCGGCGACCAAGCGGGUCCCCUCCCUGCAGGCAGGACGGCCGGGGCCGCGCACCCAGGGGGUGAAGCGCCGCACGUCCUUCUACCUGCCCAAGGGGACCGUCAAGCACCUGCACAUAUUUUCGCACACCCGCGCCAGCGAGGUCAUCGACGCUCUCCUCCGCAAGUUCACUGUCGUAGACAACCCCCGCAAGUUCGCCCUCUUCGAGAGGUCUGAGAAGGAUGAACAAG